CCGCUUUUCACACCUCAGUUACUUGGCCCUUAUAAAAGUGCCAGGCGAGGCGAGCAAGCGGGUUUGAGCACUCUACUCCCCGCGGGACCACCACGUCGACUCAGGUUAGCGGCGAUCCGAGCCUCUGCCCUGCCAUCGUCUUCGCCGACAUGCCUCCCCUUGAAAAAUCUAUGGAAAUGAUGCCUUUCAAGCAAAGAAAAUGCCUGGCAACAAGAAAAGAUGAAGUCUGCACGAUUCGGUCCAAGUUCCCCAACAAAUUACCGGUCAUUGUUGAGCGAUACGUUCAGGAGAAACAACUUCCUCUAUUGGACAAAACAAAAUUCUUGGUUCCCCAAGAACUCACUAUGGGUCAGUUUCUGUGUUUGCUCAGGAGUAAGAUAGCUCUAGAGGCCACUCAAGCUCUCUACCUGCUGAUCUCAGGGAAGAACAUGUGCAGCAUGACGGCCAGCAUGGCAGAGGUCUAUGCUCAGCACAGGGACGCCGACGGCUUCCUCUACAUGAGCUACGCCUCCCAGGACAUGUUCGGCUGAGGCCAGCCCUUCCGCACCUCCAUGCGGACCGCUGAAAAGAUCGACGUCAUCUCCAGCCCUGCCAAGCUCCUCCACCUUCAACUUUCACUGCUGUUGCUGGAGACCAUCGAAAGCUAUUUUGUUUGUUUGUUUUUGCUGUUUUCCGAUUCAUGUGAGGUUUACAUAAAGGAGAAAAAACACAUAUGCACCUCAUCAGAACAUCAAAAAUUUACCAGGUGCAGCACCGAUGGCUUACAAACUGUCACUGUGAGCACUUAUUGUGAAGACACAGCCAUCUGAGUUUCAUUUUGAGUUUGCGGGACAAUGGCAGAACACAAGGGAUGUCCUGGGAUUCUGCGUCUGUGAGACAAAGGAAGAGGGUUGUGCUCUGCGUGACAGAACGUUUUUCCCUCCUUUGAUCUGUAGUUGUCUCUAUUCAGUUGUCUCCUGGAAAUAGUUCUGAAGUGAAUGAGCCAUUAUGAGUACAAUUACCAAAAUGAAAAUGUUGACAGAAACGAGUGGUUACGCUCUACCUCAGCUGUUUAUGGGAAUAUAAAA